AUAUAUAUAUAUUUAUUUAUGACCCUGCAGGCCUGCCUUUGCUGCAAGCUACAGCAAAAGAAUUGCAUUCUUUUUUUGAAGAUCCUUCACAUUUAGCAGCAUGGGAGAGACAUGGUUACCAAGCGAUAUUAAAUUCAAAUCCAUAUUGGGAAGAGGAUACAGCAAGACCUGAUGUCAGAUAUGACCUUCACACCAGUCACAAACAGAGCCCAGCAUGUGAGGAACAGAAGAUUCUGCUCUUCCUCUUUCUGAGUUAUUCUGAUCCAUUUCAGGACAAGCCAGCCUAUAAUUUCUGGAAUCGGCGAUCAAUCAUGUCUCAUCUCUACCCUAUUCUCAUGUUCAGUGAGCAGGCUGUGAAGGGCGCUAUCCAAGAAGUGCUUAAUAGGGUCUUGGAGCAGCACCACAAAAUAGCCCAGGAACAGCAGAAAUUGGUCAGCUCUUUGUCCAUCAUGCUAGAAGCCAUGUCCACCAUCAUUUCAAGCAGCACUGACAGUGAGUUCAGAAGGAGGUGUCUCCAGCACUUACAGGCUGCAGAUACCCAGCAGUUCUCGGCAACAGCCAAAAAGACCUUCAGCAAAAUCAUUUUUCAGCGAUGGAAGCCAAGCAGCACAUGUGACAACAGGAGGCCAUUGUCUAGCACAGAUGGAGUGGGGCAGCUGAGCGCAGACUAUGAUUUACCUUCCAUCUGUCAGCAUUCAAGCUCCCAUGUUAGUUCUGCUGGACUGGAAAAUGGAGGGAGCUGUGGAGAAGGUAACUAG